AUGUCUCUGACAGAUAGCUGGCGAUUUGCGCGGGAAGGCGAGGAAGUCGAAUGGCCAGAGCUAACCACCCCGGACCCGCUGCACGAAGGGUUCUACGGCACCAAAGCACUGUAUUUUCACGCUGCGCCGAACUACAAAGCACGCUUCUCGGUGCCGAUCCUCUGGGAUAAGAAGCUGGACACUAUCGUCAAUAAUGAAAGCAGCGAGAUCAUACGGAUGUUUUACACCGAGUUCGAUGAUCUGCUGCCUCCCGAAAAACGUGACGUCCACCUGUAUCCCGAAGAGCUGAAGAAACAGAUCGACGAGACGAAUAGCUGGACUUACGACGACGUGAACAAUGGCGUAUACAAAUGUGGCAUGGCGAAAAACCAAGAGGCAUACCACAAGGCCGUGAGCAACCUAUUCAAUGCACUAGACCGAAUCGAAACCCAUCUGUCGUCGCCACGCAGUGGGCCGUACUACUACGGCGAGCAGAUUACGGAGGCAGACGUGCGGCUGUACGUGACUAUCGUGCGGUUCGACACCGUGUACGUUUCGCUAUUCAAGACCAACCGCGGCAUGAUCCGCUACCAGUACCCUCACAUCGACCGCUGGGCGCGGAAUUUGUAUUGGAAUGUUCUUGCUUUUAAGGACACCACCAGCUUCGAGCAUAUCAAGGGCCACUAUUUCAAAAGCUUAACCUUUUUGAAUCCAGAGGGGGUUGUCCCUGAGGGCCCUGUGCCCCAUAUUCUGCCUUUGAGCUGA